AGUUUUGAACCAGGUGUUGGGGGAGAAAUGGCGGGCAUCCCAUAGAGCCCUAAAAACCAGACGUCACCGUUAACCUUUUGCCUCCUUACAGGAUCAAAUUAUGGCAUUAUGCUAAAUCCUGGUUCCUUGGCUUAACAAGGUCCAAUGGAGAACAAGUUACCCGUCAGAUGCAGCGAGAACGAGAACGUUGCUCUGCAUCUCUGGACGAAGAGGAAGGAGAUGGCAGAGAGCGGUGGGAUAUCGGACAAUCUCGAAAUGACGCUUAUUAAAGCCUACCGCAGCAUCUGCAGCUCGAAGACUCCUAUCAAGUCCCUCAAAGAUCUUUCUCAGAUUAAGGGCGUAGGAAAGUGGAUUAUAAGGCUAAUGAAUGGCUUUUUUCCCAAUGAUACGCCCGCGGGUGCUUCUCCGAUAAAAAAUGGCCCCCAAAUCGGGAAGAAACCAAAAGGACCUAAGCGAUAUGUUCCACAGAAGAAUUCCGCGGCAUAUGCAUUAUUAAUUACACUUUACAGGGGAGUUGUGGAUGGUGUUAAAUUUAUGAAGAAGCAAGAGCUAAUUGACGCUGCUGAAGCAAGUGGACUCUCACGGAAUUCAAUAAGGCCUGAUAAAGUAAAAGGGAAACCUGGGCAAUUUGGGUGCUCACCCAGGGACUGGUAUACUGGAUGGAGUUGCAUGAAGACAUUGACAUCAAAGGGAUUGGUUGCAAAGUCUAGCUGCCCGGCUAAGUUCAUGCUGACUCAAGAAGGGCAAGAAGCCGCGAGAGAAUGCCUUUUGAGAUCUGGCUUAUCUGUUGUUUUUGCAGGCCAGCCUUCAGGAAUCAUAUCUCAUAGUUCUGUUGGUAUGCAAAAUCUAAAUGCUAUUUCUGUAGUGUCCAUAGAUGAUGAACCCAUGAUGGAUUCAUCCAACAUAAGUAUUGAAGAAAGAGUAGAUGGCACUUCGAUAAAUUUGCUAGACCAGAAUUCCCAAAGUCCGUCACUUGAAUCUUUUGAUUCUAGUAAAAAUAUUGCAAACGAUUCUUCCGCUACAUCAACUUGUUGCACUUCUUUGAAUAUAGAUAAUGGCCGAGAUUUUGGUUCUUUUAGUGCUUCCAAUCAGCCUAGUUCAAAUUUUAUCGGUGCAGCUCCAGGCAGCUUCUAUCCAAGGGCUUGUGCAUCAUAUGAUCUAACUUUGCACAAAUCAUAUCAAGCUGGUGCUGGGAAAGGAGAUGUAAAUUCUCUCGCCAUGCCCCCGAGCAUGAUUGGAAAGAAAUUUGAUGAAAUUUAUGAUCUCAUCCUGAUUUUGGAUGAUCGAGAACGUUUUGGAUCUCGCUCAAAAAAAGUUGUUGACAUGAUACAAUCACAGUUUAAUAUCAUUGUUGAGGUCAGGCGCUUGCCCAUCGGAGAUGGAAUUUGGAUUGUACGGCAUAAAGUAUCUCAUGUUGAGUACGUUCUUGACUUUAUUGUUGAAAGGAAGAAGGUUGAUGAUCUAUAUAGCUCCAUUAAGGAUAAUCGAUACAAAGAGCAGAAAUUACGACUGCAGGCUACUCAGGUGCCGCAACUUGCAAUUGGAAGCUCCGGGGCGAUUUCGAGAUGUGGGCUUCAAAAGCUGAUCUAUCUCGUUGAAGGUGAUCUGAGUGCACUGGAAGCUGCUGAAAGCAUUAAAACAGCCUGUUUCACAACAGAAAUUUUAGAAGGAUUUGAUGUUCAGAGAACCAAUGGCUUCGCCGACACUGUUAGGAGAUACGGAUUUUUUUCACUAUCAAUAAAGCAGUACUACAGUGCACAAUUUCCAAAUCAGAUUGGCGGAGGUCAAGGAGUUUGUCCUAUGUUUAAUGAAUUUAUUAAAAGGUGUCAAGACCUUGAGAAGAUUACAGUUACUGAUGUAUUUUCCCUCCAACUGAUGCAGAUUCCCCAAGUAACAGAGGAGAUUGCUCUAGCUGUUAUAGACCUAUAUCCGACUGUCUUAUCCUUGGCUCGUGCAUACUCUUUACUUGAGGGUAAUAUACGUGCUCAGGAAGAAAUGUUGAAGAAUCAGAGCAAAACUAUUAGCAGCGUUGCAAGCAAGAACAUCUUCAAGCUGGUUUGGGGUUCUUGAUCUGGCACUGGUGCUUGUCAUUAUCUUUUGUGCGUCUGAUUGCUCAGGAAUAACUGUUGAAAAAUGAGAGCAAAAUUAUAAGCAGCGGUGCGUGCAACGACAUCUUAAGCUGGUUUUGAGAUCCUUGAUGCUUUCGAUUGGGCAGUGGUGCUUGCCAUUAUCUGAAUGCUAGUAUGAAGAUAGAACAGGUAAGUAUAAUUUGAAUUCUAUGCUAAUAUUGUUAUAACGUAAGCACACCACUAAGAGUCGGCGUAGCUGUCAUUCUGAUUACUCUUAUGUAGACUAUAUAAAAAGAACAACUUUCAUUAUUUUCAUUUAAACAAAAGGUGAUUUUUGAUUUUAUUGAA